AUGUUCAAAAAUCACUAUCAGGGUGGCCCAUUUGUUGAAAUAUUCAGUGCUCAAGGCAAGAACCCAGGAGCAAAAUGGAAGAUUUUGGGCAAUCCAUCAGCUAUAUGGAAAGAAUAUGAUAAAGAAGUAAAAGGCUUUGUUUUUGUACUGGAAGGAAGCAGUCAAAUCAACAAAAUGCAGCUACCAAAGGAAACUAGACAGACUUUGGGACUGAUCCAGCAAUUUCUGACACUUCAGAUUUUUGUGCCAGUAGGACAAGACUUCUCCACUGAGUUACUGAUAACCGAUUUAGGAAAUAUUAAAAGAAGAUUGUACUUAUCAACAGUCCACAAGGAGUUGUCUGUAACCCCUCUGCAUGCAAAAAUUCCUCUGUUUACAAUCAAGCGCAAAAUAUGGUGCAAUAUGUGUAUUGACUUGGUGGCAUUCACCAGUGAAAUAUUCAGAGGAGCUGCCUUCCAGUCUUUGGAUGGAAUUACUAUUUCAGCUAACUGUAAACUGAGAAAGAUCUUCACUUUAAAAUCCAAGCCUCAAGAUACAGCUGAGGAAGAUGGUAUGCGUGUUCCAUCUGUGCCAUGUGACCCCACAGAUACGAUUCCUCGAACCUGCCAGCUAAAUACAGAUGUGCCUCAAGUUACACAGUUGCUGAACUUAACUAAAAUUCACAAGCCAGAAAUAAAAUGCAGGAGCUAUCCAGUAACAGGACAAGAAACAGGUAGCUUGAUUAAUAGAGGCCAAGGCAAUACGUGCAGCAGUAAAGCUCAGGAUGUAUCACAUAUUGCAUUUGGAUCAAAGAUCCUUGGGCCACCUCCAUCUUCAAACAGAAGAGUCCACUCAAGAGUAUCUGGAGAGGUAAAAGGCUUAAAUUACAGCAAAACUGCUGGCACUAAUAGAUCAUGCCGACUUCAAAGUUCAGGAAAGGGAACUGAAUCUGCACAAGACAUUGCGAGACUAGAGCUAACAUUCUCAUCAUGCAAUGAUUCUUUAGAUCAAGGAAGCAAAAGAAAUACUCUCGAAACUACUAAAGAUGUAUGUCAAAAUGACCCUGCAAUGCAGACUUGGAAAACCUCUGAGCGUGGAGGAGAUUUUCAGCUCGCCUCACCACAAGGACCGUCAGCAAGCAAGAACAGCCAUGAGAGAUUAUCUCUAAAAACUGCAGCCAAAACCACAUGGGAUAUAACCAGUGAUGAGUGGGUGUUUCCAGAAACUUUCACUGAGAGUAUUCAGCUGGAUGUGAGUGAACAGUUCAUAGCUACUGAAGAUUCAGCCUGCCAUAGUUUAACCUCACCACAGAAUGCCUCUGUUGAACUUCACAGCAGUGAAAUAGAUGAUCACCAAGUGAAAAAUAAAGAUAUUUUCACAUUUUCAUCAAGACCUCAUGGGAAGUCUCCCAAUGUGUCACCAGAAUGUUCCAUUUUCCCUUUGGAUUUGAAGCAAGACAGUAAUGGAGUACAUGGGAAAACCCAAAUUGAAGAUAACUUUCAAGGAACUGACAGCAGUGAAGAGGAUGACAACAGUGAAAUCAUCCAGGGUAUUGAGAACCUGGAGAUCAGCAGCAGCAGGCAAGGAACAUCUGAUUCAGCAGCUUUUACAGAGAUCACAUUAGAGGGAAUGUCAUGGAGAAAUGAAUACUGGAAGGAUAAGGGACACAGCAAACAUAACCACGAAGAGACCAUCUUAUCAAAACCACAAAGUUCCCCUGUGAGAAAAAUAGAUUUUGUUAACUCUCAGAGAAGCUUAAAGCCUACCCUUUCUCUUUCUCCAACUGGAAUUAAAUCAGAAUUCUUUAAAGUAAUACCAAAUGGAUCUGAACAAUAUGGAUCUGAAAUAUUUGAAGGAGUUCCUGAUGAAUUAAAAAGAUCCAUCAGUAGAAAGUCUCUCAAAAACUUCUCAAGAGAAAAUUCAUGUCUGACAACAGAGACUUGUGAGUAUGACUGGAAAAAGUACCAGUCAAAUAGACUGAGUUCAUCUGAACUACAGAUGCUGGCUAGCAUGAAGAGACAGCAGAAUGAAGAAUUACAGGAUACUGACAUCUCACAUGGGCUGAGUGCAUCACAGAUAGACAACUGCAAUGUUAGCAUAAGUACCACCAGUGACGACACAACCACCUGGAACUCUUGUUUCCCACCACCCAUCAGUCAGGAGCAUCACUAUCAGAAAGAAAUGAGCCCACUUUCUCCUUCCAACCCACGGGACUGGUUGAACAUGUUCAGUCCCCCCAUCAUUCCUGGAAGCCAGCAACUAGACGAGGACACUAAAUCUUCAACAAAUCAGAGUAUUCCAGGUGAAGAUGACCUCAAUGCUGAAGAAGAUGAUGAAGUUUUGACUCUUUUGUAUGAUCCAUGUCUGAACUGUUACUUUGAUCCAAAUUCUGGGAAAUACUAUGAAUUGGCAUAG